UGGUGAAAAAAGGCAUUGCACCGAUGAUAGAUUAUCAGCAAAACAUAAUCAAUAAUAAAGAAAUUAAUGUUAACAGUUAAAUAUUACUCGACGCUGCAAUUUUAAACUUCGUUCCAUUUUUUGAAUGUAUAGACUGUUGUCAGUAAAUCAGUUGAAUCAGGCUUCAAAGUGUUUUCUCCAUUCUCAAGUAUUUACUAACAUUUCCAAACAAACCUAAUCAAUACAUUGUUGCAAAUAUUUCUGGCUCAGUAAUUUCAAUUAGAUGGGAUGUGACGUACCAUAAUACUUAGUUAUUAGGCCUCAUUAGGCGGACUUCCGUCAUACGGCGAGGUGAGACAAUAAAAAUUGUUACCUGGUGGCAUUCGGUGAACAGUCGGAUUGUGGACCCGGUACGUAUCGGCUCACGGAACUGUCAAAAGUUAGUCAGAUUCCAGCGAGUGACAAUGAUUGCUGGAAUACUUGUGUUAGUUGUAGCUGUAGUGAGUGUGAUAUACUAUGUAAAACUUCGCCGUUGGAUGACAUUUGCUAAGGAUCUGCCAACGGUGCAACCAUGUUAUCCACUGUUCGGAAAUGCGCUUUUAUUCUUGGGGACAAGCGAUGAGCAGCGCUUUGAUAGCAUUACAGCUGCCAUGAGCAAUCCGGCCAAACUGUUCAAAUUAUGGCUUGGCGCCGUCCCGCUGAUUUGUACCAACGAUCCGGAAAUGGCACAAAAAAUACUUACCCAUCCACAGUGUAUGGAAAAGCCAUACUUUUACGAUCUUUUUAAGAUGCAAUUCGGAUUAUUUGCAGCCCACUAUAACGUUUGGAAAGGUCAGCGUAAAGCGCUCAAUCCGUCAUUCAACCAAAAGAUUCUGAACGAAUUCGUGCCAAUCUUCGACAGGUGUGCACGGAAUUUAGUGGGAAAGCUUUCGCAAAAUCCCGAAAAUGAACCAGUUCAAGUUACUCAUUUCAUGAAGCUGUGCACAUUGGAAAUGGUAUGUGGCACCACUAUCGGGUGCGAUAUUAAUAAGGAUCCAGGUGCCUUCAAGCUGGCUCACUUGGUAACCACUAUUUUAGAGUAUAUCUCUAGAAGAUUUCUGAACGUCUUUUUACACGCGGAGUUUAUAUAUCAAUUGCAAAAGGAUUAUAAAGAUGAAGAGGCAAUGAGGAACGAGGCAUACAAAUAUGCAGAUAAGAUCUUCCAAGACACUUUAAAUCGAAGGACCAAACAAUCAGGGUCAAUCACGAGUUCGAAUCAGGAUGAUUACCGGAAGCCUCAAAUUUUCAUCGAUCAAAUGUUGAAUCUUCACGACGAAAAAGUUCUCAGCGAUAUUGAGGUUAUACAAAACGUUUACACAAUGAUUGCGGCGGGCAGUGACACAUCCGGCAUGGAAAUGGGACUAAUUACACAAAUGCUCGCUAUGUAUCCACACCUUCAAGAAAAAGUUUACGCAGAAAUUAAGGAAGUGUUUCCAGUUAGUAGUGAACUGAAUUUUUCUCCAGAAAAUUUACGCCAUUUGCGGUACACGGAAAUGUUUAUCAAAGAGUGUCUUCGACUUUUUCCUAUCGGACCGAUAAUUGUGCGAAAGACAAUGAGCGACAUUGAGCUGGACGGAAUUAAAGUACCAACUGGAACGGUUUUUGCAAUAAGCAUUUUUAAUCUACACCGCCGCAAGGAUAUCUGGGGGCCAGAAGCGGCAGAAUUUGAUCCGGAAAAUUUAGCUCCGGAGCGAUCGGAGGGACGCCAUCCGUUCGCGUAUCUACCAUUCAGUGGUGGUAAUAGGAACUGUAUUGGUAAUCGUUACGCCAUUAUGAGCAUGAAAAUAAUGAUGGUACACUUGCUGAUAAAUUUUCAAUUUGAAAGCCAUUUUCGUCUCGAAGAUUUACGAUUUAAGUACGAUGCAUUGUUAAAGCUGUCUAAAGAACCAGGCAUCCUGGUGAAACGACGCCAAAAGUACUUUGCAAAAUAAGAUGACCUGUAAGAUUUUUAUCUCAAAUGAUGAGUUGUUAGACCCAACCCAAAAAGUUUGGAACUAUUUCAAAUCCUAAACUUAAAAUAACUCAAUAAAUACUAUUUUGGUUUAUUUUA